UUGCAGCAGCCACACAGCGUGGACCAGAGAGCGGAGGGAGAAGAUGGAAAGGUUGUUGCGUGCAUGGGGAGGGGGGCUGGAAUCUCGGCGCCAGCCCAACCAGUUUCCCUCUCACUUGUGGGAAUGGUAGCUGUCCGAGCGAAGCUUCUCUCUGGCCAUGGAGCGUCUCCCAGCCAGUAGCCGUGGUCGGCACCCUUCCUUGGCUUAAACCUAAGGUUCUGUGGAUUUCAGAAUGGCAGCAUCUAACUUGGAGAACCAGCUGCACAGUGCCCAGAAGAACCUCCUUUUUCUCCAGCGGGAGCAUGCCAACACGCUCAAGGGCCUGCAUGCGGAAAUCCGACGGCUGCAGCAGCAUUGCACAGAUCUGACGUAUGAGUUGACCCUCAAAAGUUCAGACUUGACAGAAAAUGGGAGUUCAAGGAGCGAAGAACUCAAGAGAAAGUGCGAAGAGCUGGAGGCUCAGCUCAAAGUGAAAGAGGCCGAAAACAAUGAGUUGCUAAAGGAACUGGAGCAAAAAAAUGCCAUGAUCAGGGUGCUGGAGAACACCAUCAAGGAGAGAGAGAAGAAGUACCUGGAAGAGCUCAAAAUGAAAAGCCACAAGCUAAACAUGCUGUCGAGUGAACUGGAGCAGCGGGCGAGCACAAUUGCGUACCUCACUUCGCAGCUGCACGCGACGAAGAAAAAGCUGAUGAGCUCGAGCGGGACUUCCGACAGCUCCCCUUCCGGAAGCCCCGUGCUGUCAAGCUAUAAGCCAGCCCCUCCCAAAGAGAAGCUCCCAGAGACUCCACGGCGCAGAAUGAAGAAGAGUCUGUCCGCCCCGCUGAACCCGGAAUUCGAGGAGGCCUACAGGUUAGGAUCGGAUAGUCGGAAGCUGCUGUUGCGGGAGCCUCUCGACGCCAUGCCUGAUCCUACCCCCUUUUUACUGGCCAGGGAAACUGCUGAGAUCCACCUGGUCAAAGAGAGGCCUUUAGUCAUUCCACCCAUUCCUUCCGAGCGCCCCUGUGCGGAGCCCCACAGCCCGGCUCGGGAGAAGCAGCACAGGGCUCACGUGGGCGUGGCUCACCGCAUCCAUCAUGUAACUCCUCCCCAGGCUCCACCAGAGGUUGAGACGCUAGCGGUGGAUCAGGUGAAUGGGAGCAAAGUGGUCCGAAAGCAUUCGGGGACAGACAGAACUGUUUAAGCCAGCUGUUUGGGGAAGGGGGGGUGACUCUCUUAUGCACUGUGAUCACAAAUGGGGUUAAUUGCAUCUGCAGUAAAUUUAUUUUCACUUUUUCGAAUGCCCCCCCUCCCCACCCCCGCAUGCCAAAUGUUUUCCAUCACUAAAAUAACCUCCUUUGGUGGAACCGCCCCGCCCCACUCUGACUGUGUCCAUAUUUGCAGACUCUCUGCUUAAUGAAACGCUGUGGCCAAACUGACUGCUUGCUUCUGAUGCUCCGUCAUUUAUUCUAAAGCGCACUUUGUGGGCGAGCGCCCAGGCAACAAUCUGCAUUAUUAAUCCGUAGUAAUGACAGAAACAGUCUCCUGAUAACCUUGCGGCAUUGUGUUAUUGGCUGCUCACGGUUCCAGCCUCUCUUGUAUGUAUCACUUCAUGCACAGUCCAGACAAAUCCUCCGGCGGGGAGGGAGCAGGGAAGGGGGGGGGGCACAGCUGACCAUGAUGCAGAUGUUUGCGUGUGAAGAGCCCUCCCCACAGCCAUCACCUGAUCCUGAUCACAGUGUUCAUGUUUUCUGUUAAAUUUUUAUCUUGAGCUACUGAAUCCCAACAAACUCUAUUUUGUUAACCCUUGCUGGUCUUGUUUGGUGUCCUUUUGUUCAGCAUUGGAGUACAACAGUCGCAACUGGCUCUUCCCAUGAAAAGGGUCAGAUCUCUCAGCUACCUAAAACACAAGGUGGGCUUUUAUGGCUUCUACUGGUCUGAAAAGGUAGAUCAGCGUGACACAGUAUUUGGGGAGGAUCCAAAAUACUCCUUCAGCCCAGGUUGGUCCUGUCUUUAUGUGAGAUUGAUGGCAGGCUCCCUGGGGGCGGGGGGGGGGGGGGGCUUGAGUAAUGUGGUGUAUGGGAGGGAAAGGUGGAUUGCCUUUGGGCUGUUUCUUCCAGCUUUUGUCCAGCCAGGAGCACAGGUAGCUGCUUUGCAGACAGACCAUGAGAGGCUCAGUUUUAAGCCGACUGUCCCGUUUGAUUGCUCAAGGAAGUCUAAAUGCCAUAGGUGUGCACUUCGUGGUCUAUGGCCGCUACAGGGCAUCUCAACCCACAACUGUUCUCCUCCGAGGUAGAGUCAAGACAAGACAGUGGAACCCAAAUGCUGGACACAUAAGUCACUGACAAAGGCGCUGAGUCAUUUUAGUCUUUGUCAGAUAAGCAUAAAAAUAGCUCCACUGUCUGGUAAAGAUGGAGGUCACUUUCCAUCUGCAUUUGAGGGUGAAAAUGUGCCUUCUGCUCAGCUCUCACCGUAGCCAAAGGGAAAGAGCAGCACGCUUCACUCUAGGAUGUAACAUAGCAAGGCAUGUGGCUAAUUCUGAGUAAUGUUUGGCUCAGUGGCUGGUUUCUUGGACAUGGAACCAAUUCAAAGAGCUGUUUCUUUUUCAUUGGCACGUCUUUAAACUGCACCUCUUUAAACUAUCAAGGCUGUGUGAUGCAAAAGAACUAAUGGCAGAUGGCAGCCAAUGGUGUUAGCUGUAUAUAGUCUUGUUCAGGAAAUAUCCUGCCACAGCUCUGCAAAAACGGGGGGGGAGGGGGGGGCUUCACUUUCACAGAAAGCCAUGUGAACACCUUUUGGACCACUGGGCCCAUUUAAGUUUACUCCUGAAAACCCCUUAACAUUGACCUGCUCCAUUUCCCCACACCGUCUACCCAUUCCUGCCUCCCUGAUGCAUUUAUUCUGUAAAUUUGUCUUUAUGUAUUGGGAUUUUUCUUCUUAAGUAAGCACUUAAGUCUCUCCUGGAGACUGUUAAAGGGAAAUUUUUACUUUUAACCAGACACCCUUUUUAAAUGUAUUGCAUUAACCACCACUGGGUUUGAUCACUUCUCUCUGUCUUCUAUUUACUCCCAUGUCCAGUGAUGGAAAGCAGCCUAAGGUUCUGGGAGAACUGUACUGUAACAUUAAAAAUGCUUUCAACCUUU